AUGGAUAUAGAAAAGUACACUCCUGCAACACUUGCUAUUGGAGCGACUAUUCUAACUUUAACAUGGUUAAUAUUUUACUUGAUAAAGAGCAACCGUAAUUUACCCCCAGGGCCAUGGGGUUUGCCAAUUGUCGGUUAUUAUCCAUUCAUUUCAUCCUCAACGCACUUACAUUUUUCAGAAUUAGCAAAAAAGUACGGAAAUGUUUUCAGUUUUAGAACAACCGGAGGAAAUUUAGUAGUUGUGUUAAAUGGAAAAAACCUCAUCAAGGAAGUUCUGAUUAGCAGAUCAGCUGAGUUUAUUGGUCGGCCCGCACCCAAUAAUUUAAUAUAUUGGAUAACUAAAGGACACGGUGUCACUCCUUCGGAAGGAGAAACUUGGAGAGAUCAACGGCGGUUCUUUCUACAGAUUGCAAAAAAUUUUGGCUUUGGCAAGAUGGAAAUAGAAAGUCGCAUUCAAGAGGAAGUCCGAGAUUUGCUAAAGGAAUUACGAGAAACGGAAGGGAAAUCUGUCGAUGCAAAAUACGCCAUCACUUGUGCUGUUAGCCCUAUCAUCUCGCACAUUUUGUUUAAUAAGAAAUUCAAGAGGGAAGACUCGACUUUUAAAGGAAUCGCCAAAGCUCUAGAGCAGAUUGUAGACAUUUUUGUCGCAAAGAAAUUCUUCCUUCUUGGACUUGCAUACGAUUUCGCCCUCCUGUUUCUACCGGAGCUAAAGAUAGCCAGGAAGGGAAGAGAUUUUGUUCAGAAAGCUACCGACAAAAUUGUAAAUGACCAUGUAAAAGCGUAUGACGAGCAAAAUCGAAAAGAUUAUGUUGACGAAUACAUAAAACACAUGGAUGACCUUCGUAAGAAUGGGAAACUGGAAAAGAGCACAUUUUCAAUGGAAGAAUUACGCGGAAACGCAAUGGCACUGUUUCUGGAGGGAACCGAAUCUAUCAGCAGUGCCAUUUGGGGCUGGUUGCUUGAACUAAGCAAACAUCCACAUGCUCAAGAAGUUUCCCAGAAAGAACUAGACAAUGUGGUUGGCCGUGAGAGAUUGCCAUCAUGGAUGGAUCGCCAGAACUUACCCUUCUAUGACGCAGUUCUUCAAGAAACAUACCGAUGUGCGUCGCCAUUUUUAGUCACGACACAGUACAGUAAUUUUGAAGAGACAAGUAUUUUGAACUACAGGAUUCCUCGUCGGAGUACAAUCGUGGCAAAUCUCUGGAGUAUUAACAGCGAUCCAGAAAUAUUCCCAAAUCCGGAGAAAUUUGACUAUGAGAGGUUUGUAACACCAGACGGGAAGAGAAUUAAGCGAGAAGGACCGUAUCCAUAUGGUUUAGGUAAACGAGCUUGCGUUGGUGAAUCUCUUGCUCAAAUGGAAGUUUUCAUUUUUAUUGCUUCAAUACUGCAGUCAUUUAAGCUAGCACCGGGCGACCGUGAAGGAACACUAAAGCUGCUAAUUUUCAAAAAGUCUAAGUCUUGUCACUGUAUGUAUGUGUUUCUUUUUUUCCUUCUAAUCAUGGAUAGGGAAAAUUAUACGUCCGUGGCACUUGCAAUUGGAGCGAGUGUUUUAACUUUAACAUGGUUAAUAUUUUACUUGGUAAAAAGAAACCGUAAUUUGCCACCAGGGCCAUGGGGUUUGCCAAUUGUCGGUUAUUAUCCAUUCAUUUCAUCCUCAACGCACUUACAUUUUUCAGAAUUAGCAAAAAAGUACGGAAAUAUUUUCAGUUUUAGAACAACCGGAGGAAAUUUAGUAGUUGUAUUAAAUGGAACAAAACUCAUCAAGGAAGUUCUGAUUAGCAGAUCAGCAGAGUUUAUUGGUCGGCCUUCACCCAAUAAUUUAAUACAUUGGAAAACUAGAGGACAUGGCGUCACCCCUUCGGAAGGAGAGACCUGGAAAGAUCAAAGGCGUUUCUUUCUACAGAUCGCAAAAAAUUUUGGUUUCGGCAAAAUAGAGUUAGAAAGUCGAAUUCAAGAAGAAGUCCGAGAAUUGCUGAAAGAAUUACGAGAAAUGGAAGGGAAAUCUGUCGAUGCAAAAUACUCUAUUGCUUCUGCCGCUAGCCCUAUCAUCUCGCACAUUUUGUUUAAUAAGAAAUUCAAGAAGGAAGACUCGGCUUUUAAAGGAAUCGUCAAAGGUCUAGAGCAGAUUGUAGACGUUUUUGUAACGAAGAAAUAUUUCCUGCUUGGAAAGGCAUAUGAUUUUGCACUUCUGUUUCUACCCGAGCUGAAGAAAGUCAAGCAGGGACGAGAUGUUGUCCACAAUGCUACCGACAGACUUGUGUAUGAGCAUGUAAAAGAAUAUGACGAGCAAAAUCGAAAAGAUUAUGUCGACGAAUACAUAAAGCACAUGGAUGAUCUACGUAAGAAUGGGAAACUGGACAAAAGCACGUUUUCAAUGGAAGAAUUACGCGGAAAUGCAAUGGCACUGUUCCUGGAGGGAACCGAGUCUAUCAGCAGUGCCAUUUGGAGCUUGAUGCUUGAACUAAGCAAAUGCCCACGUGCUCAAGAAGUUUCCCAGAAAGAACUAGACAAUGUAGUUGGUCGUGAGAGAUUACCAUCAUGGAUGGAUCGCCAAAAUUUGCCUUUCUUUGACGCAGUUCUUCAAGAAGCAUACCGAUGUGCAUCGCCAUUUUUUGUGUCGACACAGUACAGUAAUUUCGAAGAGACAAGUAUUUUGAACUACAGGAUUCCUCGUCGGAGUACAAUCGUGGCAAAUCUCUGGAGUAUUAACAGGGAUCCAGAAAUAUUCCCAAAUCCGGAGAAAUUUGACUACGAGAGGUUUGUAACACCGGACGGGAAGAGAAUUAAACGGGAUGGACCGUAUCCAUUUGGUGUGGGUAAACGAUCUUGCAUGGGUGAAUCUCUAGCUCAAAUGGAAGUUUUCAUUUUUAUUGCUUCAAUACUGCAGUCGUUCAAGCUAGCACCAGGCGAUCGUGAAGGAACACUAAAGUUGCUGCCGAGAGAAUAGUUAUUGAAUUGCUUUUUUCUUUUUCUUUCUUUUUUUUUUUUUUUUGGUGUAUAUAUUUAAGAAUAAAAAAAAAUCUUUACUAUUGAAGGGUCUAUGCAAGUUCAUGCCAAUUCCAAUGUUAACUCCAAUUCAUCUACUUUUUGACAAAAAGAAAAAAAAAAUCGCUUGUAAUGCAAACAA